CCGGUUCAAUUUCAAAUAAACCAAUCCCACACAAAGUUUACACCCGGUUUCUUUGGGGUUACGUAAUUAAUUUAUAAUCGAUUUCGAAGAUAAUGUCCAUCAAUUUAACCGUUAGUCGAUUACUAACGAGUUUUCAUCACAAUCGGAGUUAUUUUAAUGUUAAAGGAGUGAUUAAUUUAAGAAAUUACGCUCAAGCUAAAAAACGUUUUUAUAAAACGACAGGAAUAUUAACAAGCGGUGGAAAAUAUGAAAUUACUUUAGACCAAAAGAAAUUAAAAACGCCUAAAGGAAAUUUAUUCAUUCUUAAUUCUGAGCCGUUAGCUUUAGCUGUUGCAUCAGAAUGGGACGCUCAAAAAGAAAAAAUCAUUCAAACAUCAAUGCAUUUGACAACUUUAUGCAACACGGCCAUCGAUAAUCCUAAUAAUUUAAACAAAUUCGAUAUGGUUCAAUAUUUAGUUAAUUAUUUAGAUACAGAUACGAUAUUAUUUCAAGCAAAAGAACAAGAACGUUUAUACGAAUUACAAGAAAAAGAAUGGGAUCCUGUUAUACAAUGGUUUUGUAAUAAAUUUAAAGUUGAUUUACAAAAAUCUGUUGUUAUAGAAGGUCCCAAAAUUAGUGAUGAAACUAAACAGAAAAUUAGUAAAUAUUUACUUUCUUAUAGUCAAGAUGCUAUUUUUGGCUUCGUUUAUGGAGUAGACACAAUUAAAUCUAUUAUUUUAACUUUAGCUUGUAUUGAACGGUUUUUAACACCUGAAAAAGCUGUUUUAUUAUCAAGACUUGAAGAAGAAUUUCAGUUAGGUCAUUGGGGUCGAGUUGAAUGGGCACAUGAUUUAAGUCAACAUGACCUUCAAGCACGUUUAGCAGCAACAGUACUAUUUAUUUAUUGUAAUUCAACUUUACACUUAACAAAGGUGAAAGGCAAAUCGGAAAUAUAAAUAAAAAAACAUUUUAAGGAUU